AUGACAUCAAGUUCAGAGGAUAGAAAGUUGUUUAUUGGUAUGUUAAAUAAACAGCAAUCAGAAGAUGAUGUACGACAGUUAUUAUCUCCUUUUGGAGGUAUUGAAGAGUGUACUAUAUUAAGAGACCAAAAUGGAAACAGUAAAGGUUGUGCAUUCGUUAAAUUCUCUUCACAUUUAGAAGCUCUAUCAGCAGUCAAUGCUUUACAUGGAAGUCAAACUAUGGCACAGGGAGCGUCUUCAAGUUUAGUAGUCAAAUUUGCUGAUACAGAAAAAGAAAGACAGUUACGUAGAAUGCAUCAGAUGGCUGGACCCCUAGGACUACUUAACCCUUACACAAUUCAUCAACUUGGUACAUACGGACCUUAUGCUCAAGUACCCUCCACACAAUUGAUGCAGCAACAGGCUGCAAUAAUGGCUGCUGCACAAGGAACAUACUUAGCUAGCCCGGUGAAUGUUUUAGCUACUCAAAUGCAGCAGAUAGGUGGAAUUCCAGCUCCUAAUGGCAUUGCAACAGCUGCCAUAACUCCCACUACGGCAACAUUAGCAAAUGGCACAGUCACUCCAACCAUAAACGGUGCUCCCCCAAAUGUCCUCUCCCCAACAGCUCUGGCCAGUUUCCCUGUGCCACCCACUGCCGCCAAUGGUCAUCAGACCCCAGAUCUGUAUGCUAAUGGUAUGCCCCACUUCCCAGCAGCAGCAGCUACUGCCCAAGCUAUUACAAAUGGUGAUCCUUUACAACAAUAUGCUGCCAUUCAACCUUACGCAGGCAUUGCCGCAGCCUAUCCAGCUGUCUAUGGACAAUAUCAACAAGCGAUCACCCAACAGGCUGUCACACAAGCAGCGCUUCUACCAACUGCUCAGAAAGAGGGACCAGAAGGUUGCAACUUAUUUAUUUAUCAUCUUCCUCAAGAAUUUGGGGAUGCAGAACUUGCUCAGAUGUUCAUGCCUUUUGGUUCAGUCAUUAGCGCCAAAGUAUAUGUGGAUAGAGCUACUAAUCAGAGUAAAUGCUUUGGUUUUGUAAGUUUUGACAAUCCAGCCAGUGCCCAUUCAGCCAUCCAGGCAAUGAAUGGUUUCCAGAUUGGUAUGAAACGACUCAAAGUACAACUCAAACGACCAAAGGAUUUAAAUAGACCAUAUUAGAUGUUAGAUGAGUUCCCAUGGAACACAAUAAUGCCAAAAAUUGGAUACUUAUUUAUAUUUACUUGUUAUAAGUUGGAAUGACACGACGAUGAAUGAAUGGGAUCGAUAGAAGAAGAAAUGACAUUAGUAGGAAGAUCCUAUCUUAGAAUAAGGUCACAAGACAUUAAAGGCUUUGUAUUCAAUCUUGUAUUAUAGUACUUGAACAUAUUAGUCAACUUAAUUAAAAAAAAAAACAUUUUUAAAUUAUGAAAUAAUAUAUUUUAGUUAUAUAAAUUGAAACUGACUAUAAUCUUGUUCAUAUUUAAUAUAGUCAGUUUCAUUAAUGUAUGAUUCAUGAUUUCAAAUUUCUAAAUGGCUUCAUGCAUGCAUUAACAAGUUUAUUUUUCAUUAAUUAUAAAAAUAUUGCUUGAGAUGAAGAUUGUACAAAAAAAUAGCCAAAAAAAUCGAGAGAUAGAGACUUUAUUUUACAAUUUGUUUUUCAACAUUCCAAGAAACUUUGAAUAAUUGUAUAGUUUGUUUCUUAAAAAAAUUCUAACACCCAUGCUCAGUUAACAGUAU